UCGGCCGUGUUCACGAUGGAGGUCUGCUGCUGCUCCACCUCCUCGCCGCUCCUCACAGGUUACCGCGCCGGACGCCGGCCCGCCGCGCCGGCCGCGCGGUACUGGGGCGCGGCGGGGGCCGGCGGCGGCGGGAGGGCCGUGGUGCUCGCGCACCCGCCGCGCCCGGCCGCCGCCGCCAACGCCGCCCGGACACGCCGCCCGGUCAUCAGGGCGGUCUUCGAGCGCUUCACGGAGCGGGCCGUCAAGGCCGUGGUGCUCUCGCAGCGGGAGGCCAAGGGGCUGGGCGAGGGCGCCGUGGCGCCGCGCCACAUGCUGCUGGGCCUCGUCGCCGAGGACCGCGCGCCCGCGGGCUUCCUCGCCUCCGGGAUCAGCAUCGAGCGCGCGCGCGAGGAGUGCCGCGGCAUCGUCGCGCACGAGUCCGGGGCGUCGCCCACUCCAGCAUCGGGGCUCGACACGGACGUGCCCUUCUCCAAGGGAUGCAAGAGGGUCUUCGAGGUCGCCGUCGAGCUCUCCAGGAACAUGGGAUGCAGCUUCAUCUCCCCGGAGCACCUCGCCAUCGCGCUCUUCACCCUCGACGACCCCACCACAAACAACCUCCUCAGAAGCUUGGGAGCCGAUCCGAGCCAGCUGGCAUCCGUCGCGCUCAUCCGGCUCCAAGGGGAGCUUGCAAAGGACGGCAGAGACCCCGCAGGAGCAUCUUCUUACAAAGUACCCGAGAAAUCUCCCGCUGGAGCCGGAAGAUCCGCAUUCAACAAAUCCUUGGGUGGCAAGAAAGAGAAAGGUGCGCUAGAUCAGUUCUGUCUUGAUCUGACCACGCAAGCCAGCGGAGGGUUUAUCGAUCCUAUUAUUGGCCGUGAGGAGGAGAUUGAAAGAGUGGUUCAGAUAAUAUGCCGGCGCACAAAGAACAAUCCCAUCCUCUUGGGAGAGGCAGGUGUUGGUAAAACUGCAAUCGCCGAAGGGCUCGCUCUUCGGAUUGCAAAUGGCGAUGUCCCCAUUUACCUCGUGGCAAAGCGUAUAAUGUCACUAGAUGUUGGCCUACUUAUUGCUGGUGCAAAGGAGAGGGGCGAAUUGGAGUCCAGGGUCACUGGUUUAAUUCGUGAAGUCCGUGAAGCAGGUGAUGUUAUUCUUUUCAUCGAUGAGGUUCACAAUCUAAUUGGAUCUGGAACUGUUGGGAAGGGUAAGGGUUCUGGCCUCGAUAUUAGCAAUUUGCUAAAGCCCCCACUUGCAAGAGGUGAACUGCAGUGCAUUGCGGCUACGACUUUAGAUGAACACCGGAUGCAUUUUGAGAAGGAUAAGGCUUUGGCCCGCAGGUUCCAGCCAGUAUAUGUAGAUGAGCCUAGCCAGGAAGAUGCUGUGAAAAUAUUACUUGGGCUUCGUGAGAAUUAUGAAAUUUAUCACAAAUGCAAAUUCACUCUAGAAGCCAUCAAUGCAGCUGUUUAUUUGUCAGCGAGAUAUAUCCCUGACAGACAGCUUCCUGACAAGGCUAUUGAUCUUAUUGACGAAGCUGGCAGUAGAGCUCGAAUUGAGUCAUUCCAAAAGAGGAAGGAAGGACAGUCUUCCGUUCUCUUAAAGGAACCAGAUGAAUACUGGCAAGAGAUAAAAGCUGUUCAGGCCAUGCAUGAAGUGGUUUUAUCUAACAAGACGAAAUAUUCUCCAAAUGAGAAUGACAGUGCUAGCACUGAAGCACCACAUCAGGAUAAGGCUGGGUCAACAUCUACCUCAGUUGAGGAGCCAGUUGUAGUUGGAACAGAGGAAAUUGCAAGAGUCGCCUCAUUAUGGUCGGGUAUACCAGUCCAGCAGCUCACUGCUGAUGACAGAAAGACCUUAGUAGGACUAGAUGAUGAACUCAAAAAGCGUGUUAUUGGUCAAGAUGAUGCUGUUGUGGCAAUAUCGCGAGCGGUGAAGAGGUCGCGUGUUGGACUCAGUGACCCUGACAGACCUAUCGCUACCCUGCUCUUUUGUGGCCCCACAGGGGUUGGUAAAACUGAGCUUACCAAAGCACUAGCGGCAAGCUACUUUGGAUCGGAAUCUGCUAUGCUUAGAUUAGACAUGAGUGAAUAUAUGGAGAGGCACACAGUGAGCAAGCUGAUAGGCUCUCCUCCAGGGUACAUCGGAUAUGGUGAAACUGGUACUUUGACAGAAGCAGUCAGGAGAAAACCAUUUACUGUAGUACUGCUUGAUGAGAUAGAGAAAGCUCACCCUGAUAUUUUCAACAUUCUUCUCCAAAUUUUUGAGGAUGGGCAUCUGGCAGACUCGCAGGGUCGCAGAGUUUCGUUCAAGAAUACAUUGAUUGUCAUGACAUCGAAUGUUGGUUCUACAUCAAUUUCCGACGGACGACGGAGCAUAGGUUUCUCGACAGACGAUACUGAGUCAAGCACAUACAUCGCAAUGAAAACCCUCGUGAUGGAAGAGCUGAAGGCAUUUUUCCGUCCUGAAUUGCUCAAUAGAAUUGAUGAGAUGGUUGUGUUCCGUCCUCUGGAGGAGACUCAGAUGCUAGCAAUUCUCGAUAUCAUCCUACAAGAACUGAAGGGUAAGCUCUUGGCCCUUGGGAUAGGCCUAGAGGUUUCAGAUGCAAUGAAGAGUUUGAUUUGCCAAGAAGGCUAUGACAAGAGCUACGGUGCACGGCCACUGAGGAGAGCCGUCACCCAACUGAUGGAGGAUGUCAUCAGUGAAGCAAUUCUUUUCGGCGAGUACAAGCCUGGCGACACGAUACUGGUGGAUACCAACAAGGAGGGGAAACCUUGCUUGAGCCGUCUGAACCAGCAGAUCGUCCAAGUGUCUGACCCAACUAGGACAUUCUGAUUAUCUGAAGCUCUUGUGUAGUAGUAGUAGAGUAGAGGUCUAAUUUUUUAUUCUUUCAUGCGACGAGAUUAGUAAUUCUUUGAUAGGUAGACACCGAAUAUUUCAUUAUGUAUAUAACACUCCAGAGAAUUCGUCCCAGCAACCUUGUUCAGAAAUUACCCAA